ACGGUACGGCGCGACUGGUUAUAUUUUUUAUUCAAUUUUGAGUCGUAAAAUGAUUAGCCAUUCUCGUGCCAUGAUAUCAAAUGAAAAUUAUUCGGUUUCGAUUGACAAUACUUCGCAUGUUUUAAAAUAAACUGACGGUAUUCAUUAUUUAGUUAUAAACAAAAUAAAUUUUCGCGAUACAUUUCUAGAAGAAAAAAAUUAUAUUGACUGUUUAUAAUUUCUGUGUAUGUAUGCAGUAUGUAGAUAAUGCAAGUUUUUUCCAAUUUGAUUUGGUUUUAACUAUUUUUACAUUGGAUAUAAUGAAUUGUUCUAUAUAUUCAAGGGAUGAAUUUCCAUUAAAUUGACAAUCAAUUUAACUAAUUGAUUGUCCAACAUUGGGAAGGUCGGUUUCGCUACUAUCAUCGAGUUUAGUUGCGAGUGCUAAGACAUGAUUAUCUUGAAACAAAAGAGUGUUGUGUUAUAUAUUCUGCCACCACCUACGGCUCCAGAACCACCCUCGCCAUGGUCAAGUAUUCUCUGGGGAGAUGAUCGACAACCUCGUACCCGAGUGGCUCGGGGAAAUCGCGUGAUGCAGUUGCGUAAUAAAGUGAUUGCAAAAGAUUCCGGAGCAGGGGCACCAACAGAUGACGAAGAGUCUGCACGAAGCUGCAAAAGCCUUAGCGAAUGCUACUUCGCGGGCAAGGGUGCGGCCUUGGUUUUACCGCCAAACGAGAGAGCACGACCCUCCAGGCGCGUUUCGGCCGCAGGAUGCGAUAUUCAACAGCAUCUUCAGUCCAUGUUUUACCUCUUAAGACCAGAGGAGACCCUGAAGAUGGCAGUGAAGUUGGAGUCGGUCCAUCCUGGCAGGACGCGGUAUCUCGUCGUGGUAUCCUGUACUGGGCGACAGGAUGCCGAGGAGAGUUGCCUGUUAGGAAUAGACUGCAAUGCCAGGGCGACGGUUGGACUCGUUCUACGAGUUUUGGCCGACACCGCCAUCACUCUCGACGGCGAUGGAGGCUUCAGCGUUAGCGUCUGCGGUCGUCAACACAUCUUCAAGCCGGUUUCCGUCCAGGCUAUGUGGUCAGCUUUGCAGACUUUGCACAAAGUAUCGAGUAAGGCACGCGAGCAAAACUACUUUUUGGGCGGACUGUCGCAUGAUUGGGUCAGUUAUUAUGAACAACGAAUCGAGAGUGACCGCUCGUGCCUCAAUGAAUGGCAUGCCAUGGACAAUCUCGAGUCUCGAAGACCACCCUCACCGGACAGUGUUCGCAACAAACCGAGGGAGAGGGACGAGACCGAACGUGUGAUUCGCGCGACAUUAAAAGAGAUCAUGAUGUCAGUGGAUCUUGAUGAAGUCACUUCGAAGUACAUCAGAGGCCGUCUCGAGGAAGAUCUUGAUAUGGAUUUGGGAGAGUUCAAGCCUUUCAUCGAUCAGGAGAUGCUUACCAUUCUAGGUCAGAUGGAUGCUCCAACCGAGAUAUUUGAUCACGUGUACUUAGGGAGUGAAUGGAAUGCUAGCAAUCUGGAAGAGUUACAGAAAAAUGGGGUUAGACAUAUAUUGAACGUGACGAGGGAGAUCGACAAUUUCUUCCCAGGGAUGUUCAAUUACCUAAACGUUCGAGUAUAUGACGACGAGAAGACAGAUUUACUGAAACAUUGGGACGACACUUUUAAAUACAUAACCAAAGCCAAGAAAGAGGGAUCAAAAGUGCUGGUGCACUGUAAAAUGGGUGUCUCCAGAUCAGCGUCCGUUGUCAUCGCAUAUGCUAUGAAAGCGUAUAAUUGGGACUUCUCUCAGGCGUGGAAGCACGUCAAGGAGAAGCGAAACUGUAUAAAGCCUAAUAACAGCUUCCUCCUGCAACUCGAGACUUACCAGGGCAUUCUCGAUGCCAUGAAGAAUAAAGAGAAGUUACAGAGAUCCAAGUCUGAUACGAACCUGAAGUCACCUACGAUGGCCAAGGAUCAAAUCAAGAAAGAACAGAAGGUGGACUCCGCCGACGACUCUUUAAUAGAAUCUUCCGGAGUUGAACUGAAGAGCAAAGGCCAAAGGCCAAAGAGCUGGUCCCCAGACUUGGAAGUUGCUGAGAUCAUUAUCCCAGCGGCUCCCCUGUCGCAGUCUCUAGAGAGUAUCGACAAAACUGGGAACCCCGAAGUCACUCGAGAAGACCUCCUGCGUGGCUCCAACCCAAAGACUGGCGUCGAUCAAGAAGCGAGAAAUGUCCUCAUGCCUUGUGAUAACGGACAAUCAUACAGCGUCUCGCAGAACCAAAUUGUUCACUUGCCUGGUCCCGACGUACCGAGCGUGAAAAACCGAGUCAGCAAACUGGAAACCCAGGGUCAGAAGCGCAAAGGACUCGUAUUAAAUCUCACAAAUCAGUUUGAAGCCGCUACGAGUAAACCUUCGUCUCCAGGAUCCGAUUCCGAUGGAAAACCACUACCCCAGAGUCCCCUUUCCGAAUCGAACGAGAAGCUCAUGAUGAAUGGUUUGUCGGAACAGCAAGCAGAAACACAGCAAAUCGCUCAAAUAACUGCCGUAGUUCUGAAGAAAGAGGUCUGGGAUCCUGGCGAGAACCGAGAAACAAAAGGUCCAAUAAACGAUCGAAUUCCUCUCGUCAUAACUAGCAAAUCCUCCUCAGUCGACAAUGGUGAAUGUCUAGUCUGGACUGCGUCUGCAGAAGCUAACCGUACUAAUUCAAAUAGUAGUGUUCGCAAUGGCGAAUUAAGUAAAGAAAGUGAGUGUCUAGCAAGUGCACCGCCUCCAACGAUGACAAUGACGACGACGACAUCCUAUUCCGGAGCCAUAGGAAGAAGAUCAAAGAGAGAGGGAGAUCCUUUCAGCGCUCAGCUUGACAGAGUCUUCGACCGAGAGGAAAGGCGCGGAGAGCCCACGAUUAGAGAUGCUCCAAGUCGUCAGAGUUCCUGGAGUAGCUACGACAGCGCCGUCGUCCUCGAGAACUCUGUUCAUAGUUCCUGGGCAACACUUCCGUCGAGAAAUAGUUCGUGGGGUUCCUACGAUAUGCGUCCUGUUGAUCCGCUGGGAUCAAGUGGUCUUUUUCCAUACGAUAAGGAGGAAAUACCGUGGCAUCCUGGCACUGUCAGGAGGACGAAACAGAAAUUAGAAGAAGGCAGCAGUGCGAGCACUGUGAAACGAGUCUGCACACAGACUUCUGACUCUGACGAAAAAUCGGAUAGAUUGACAGUAGACACCGAAGAUGGGCCAACGGAAGCAUAUAAUCCUGUGCUUCUGCACUAUACACCUUCGCCAACUCCUCGAAGAAGGGAUCCGUCCCCCGUCAACGUGCGAAACCUCAAGGUCGAAAUAUCCAACGACACUCCGAGUCCCUUAGGAGCAAUUGAUAUCUCUCCUAUAUCUUUAAGACAGAUGGGCAGACUAUCAACCAGCGCACCAGCUCCCUCUUCACUCUCGUCGGAUACCGAUUUACCCCUUUCGUUGAGAACCUGCAGGUCAGAGAGCGAAACAUCGAGUCCGAGCGUCGUCAAUACGCCCCAGUGUCCUUCCGUAAAACAUCAUAAGAUGGUUCUGGAGAAUCUAAAUAACAAGCCUAUCUACAAUAAAAGAUGCCUCUCCGUAGACGAUUCUCCCGAGUCUGAGUGUCAGCGAAGCAUUUCGGGAAUAGUUAAGAAUCUCAAAAAGGAAUUUGAAGCCAAAUCCUCCACCAAAUCAGAGAAAAGUCCCGAAAACUUUUGUGACACGGAUUCCAGCGUCAAUCUGCGACAGAAGAGGGAUGUUAAGAUAAGGAGCUUACCUUCCUCUCCUGUCAUUGCACACAAUGAUUUGAAGAUUCAGUCGCUGAGUCUCGAGUCUAAGGAGAAGGAAGCGAAAGUGAACGAUUUGAAUUCCCCUUUGCAAGAAACUGAAGAUCUUUCUGUGAGAGUUCUGGUCGGAAAGUACGAGAUCGCGAAGCCAGAGGGGAAGAGAAAUUCGGAGAUACAGUUGCGUGUGUCCAAUAGGGAUAGAGAAAGAGACUCGAUAGAAGUUCAUCCUCCUGCGAAGUCGAAAAUUGCUCCGGAGUUUGCGAGGAGAUCUGCUCCUAUGAUUAUCAACCACUCCUCCUCUUUGUUCACUGAAGCACCGGAGGCUCCAGGUAGGCCGCCGAUUCCCUCGUCGAGUGUUGUUGUCGCCAGCGUUGUGGCAAAGGCAGCUAGCAAAAAGCAACAACAGUAUGGAAGAACUCAUCCCUUGGCUAGGCUGCAGGACAGGCCUAGGCACAGCAGUCCCGUUUACAAUACCAUGUAAUAAAAUACUCUACGUCGUACUUUCUAAGGCGGACUCGCAAGCGGCGCUCAUUCAUUCUUUAGAGGUUUAGAAAAAGGGUAUUGGAACAGAAAAGGAAAACAGGAUGAGAAAAAAGAAGUAGUAAAUAAAAUAGCAACAGAUAAAUAGGCUUCGAAAGAUUAUUCAACCUUAUUUUCAAGUAGUCCAAGUGGUGAAGCUUUUAGGAUAGGGUGUGAAGAAUUUUUCUGAAUUUUUUUAAUGAAAUACUUUAUUUUUUGAAUAAUUAAGAUGUUUGAUCUGAAGUUUGUGGUUAUGUUGAAGGACUAAAAAUUUUGCAUAAUCUUUUAGAUGAUCCAUUUUUUUUAAAUUACUAUUUUUACUGUUCUGACUAUUUAAAUGCGUAUAAUUUUCAUUAGAUUUUUUCAUAAUAAUGACAUUAGACAUAAGCAUUUUAAUCCUUUAUCAUUUAAUCUCUACACAAUUUUAGACAUAUUUUUCAGACAAUGAAAACAAUUUUUUUUUAUUCGACCAUUCGUAUGUGCUAGGUAACAUUUUUUAUUGCAUUCGCCGAGAUACCAAGAUUGGUAAAUUUCCUUAUCGUCUAAUAUCUUAAUUUAAACCGGAAUGUAAAAUGUGUAUGUGUUCGCACUUAACAUAGUUGAAAUCGAAUUUUAAAUAUAAAUAAAUUUUAUAUUAUGGUUUAAAUGACGAUAUUUCAAGAAUUUUAAGGAAAACAAUUAACGGUUAAAAAUAUAAACAAAAUAUUAUUUGUAAAAAUAGUUUGAUUUAAUUUUACAAAAAAAAAAUGGUAAAAGAUUAAAAUAUAAUACGUAUUUAAGCGUUUAGAAAGUAAAAAUGGAUAUUUUUGUAAAAAUGGCUAUAUACACAAAUAUUUUUUAAAAACGGUGAAAAGUAUCGAAAAAUGGGAACUUCGGAAUUUUAUACUUUUAGAAAAAGCGCUAUAAUUUUGUUAAUUUGAAAUAUUCUUGCAAUUUUUCAGUCAAUUUUAAAAGGAUGUUAAAUCCAUCAACAAGGAAAAAUUAAAUAUCAUCCUUAAAGUUCAUUGAUGUCAAAGGGAUCCUUCCCACCAAAUUUCGUGUUUUGUAAAUGAUUUAGUUUCUUAUGUACAAAGCACUCACAAAUAAUUAUUUUUGUGAUUAAAGAGUAUUGCAUUUUUUCAGAUAGUUUAAUUUUUAUUUUGAAGAUAAGAAAGAUGUUCCAUUGCAAAAUUACGGAUUGUACAUUGCAUCAUGAUUUUGAGAGCAAAUUUCACGAUUACCGAGCCAUUUACCUAUCUGGUAAUUGAUAAGUGAAUCCUGCCCAGGCUGGUUCUGCGCCUGCUUGACUAUUAAUUAAUCUGAUCAUGUAUGAGGAAUCCUUUUGUACAGGACUCACUCAGUCCGCGAUCUCAAAACUUUAGGGUUGUAUGUAAAAAAAUUCAAAUUCGGUCAAUGAAAUGCUGUUGGAAGAUUAUCAAUUCCUAAUGGCAUUUUAAAGUGCAUUAACUAUUAACUAUUUUAUUUAAAAAAAGUUUUUUGGCUUGUAGAAGAUGGAUGAGCGUGUCUUGCGAGAAACGAGGACGUCGUGUGUCUCGUGUUCAAUUGUAGGAAAGAAACCGUGUGAUCUCCUUAACGCCAAUAGUUUACGCUCUUCGAGCCGUCGACGUUUGCUCGGUGGGGUAGCUAGAACUCGUCAAGAUAAGAUUUCGACAACUGGAUUAUGUUUUAUUUUUCGCCGUAGAGAAAAUCUGUAAAUUACGCAUUGAGAUUAGAAAUUUCUUUUGUUUGAAAUUCAAACUACCCUUCAUGUGAGUGGGAUUCAAUCAGUCUGGCUCGAAUGUCGAGGCUUUGAGAGUUUUCGUUUAUGUUUUUCGAGUCGAGUAGUUCUCGAAGUGGAUGAGGAAGUAAAAAUAGUCGAUCUGAAAUCAAAUGAAAAAGUUGAAGGUCGAGGCGUAAGAGUGGACCUUGAUUUGUCGAGAGGCGAGUGCUCAGUCAGGCUGUGAAUGUAACGUCUGGGCCUCGCACAAGUUCUGGUCUUUUCAUUUCUUUCUGGCGUUCUUUUUAAGUCAUUCGACAUUUAUGUAUCAUUGCAAAUACAUAAUUGCCGCAUAGUUACGAUUAUCGAGACCCUAGCGAAAGAAAUCUCGAGACGAUGUAAUGUUAAAAUAUUAGUAAUUUAUAGUGACUAAUGUGAUUAGAAGCACUUGGCGGUGCGAAGUGUGCGUGACGUGAGCGAUGUAGAAAUUUUUCGCGCGAUGUUGUAAGUGUGCGUGAAAGGACUCGCCUGAGGCAGCUAACUUGAGAGUCCUUCGAGUCCUUUAAUUACAAUUUUUGCCGUCUUUGAACAAGACUACAAAUCGAUAUUAUUCGAGAAGGAAAUGCAAAAGAAGGUUCCGAAGUUCGGAAAGCAUGAAUGCUUUUUUUCUUUACUAAAUUCCAAUCGUCGCGAAAUCUGUUAUCGGUUUUAAUAUUGCAUCUCGUUUUCCGACUUUCGGAAAUUAAAUUAUUUUACUAGGGACUAAUUGAGGGUUGCAAUAAUAUAAAUUCGUACAUUGUGUUGUUUUUUUAAAUUAGAAAAAAAAAUUUUUUAGUAGAGAAAUGCUUUGUGAUAGAGUCUCGACUCGAGCGAGUGACAAGAUACUGUCUCAGUGUUUUCCUUUUUUAUUAACCGUUACUGUCCUACUCUUUAUACUCCAAUUACUUAUAAUUGUCGUGUAUACAAUCGAUUAGGUUUGAUAAUUUGAUUGAACCAGUUUUGUACCCGGCGAUCUAAUGUAGAUGACGCGUCAGAUUAAAAUCGUGAUUUUAAAAAGCCAAAAGUACAACUAAUAAUACCGGCGGGUGCUAAUAUGCAUGUGAAAUUAUGAGCUGAGCUACGUGAGUGUUUCUUACGACUUUCAAAGAUACUUUUUAAGACAUAUCAUCGAACUUUUGUUACUGCGUAAAUCUCACGUAUUUUCGCGUACCAAUGAAUUUAGUUAGUGAUAUAGAAAUGAAAACAAAUUUAAUAAGACGAGUGAGAUGAAGACGAACGAACGAAAGAAACAAAGAAACAAACAAAUAAAUUGAUGACCAAUUUUUUACGCCGGCUACGUUGUUUGCAAAUGCAACACUUCGUGUUUUAAGCACACGACAAUUAUUCUAUUUUAUUACCAUGUGACUUCUCAACCAAAUAGGUUUGUUUAUCGUUAGACGUAGAAUUGUGAAUGCGACGGACUUUCGAGAUGUAACUCUAACUUCGCUGAUGGUCGCCGUUAGAGAAUAAUACUUACUUAAGUAAGGCUGGUUGAAAUUUGGAAAGAGUACUACCCUUGAACGUUUGGUCGUCGGAGACGCUCUUGUUUUGCGCCUAGCAUGUCAAAUUUUGGGUGUCGAUAUUUUUUCAUUAUAAGUGGACGCGUGAUGAAUGUGCAUUAGCUCUCUCUUUCUCCUUUCGAAAUGUUAGAGGAAAGCCACCGAGGACAGGAUGCGUACCUAAAACAAGACGCGUCGUCGUACUCUUUCUCUCACCGACUCGGAUUAGUUACUAGUAAGUCAAGUAAGUUUGUAUUAUUGCGAUUCGAUGUGCUCAUUUUUAUUAGUAGUUUCCCUCCUUCCUCCAUGCCCCAUCCGCUUAAAUGUGUGUGUUCAAACGAGAUGAGAAGCUGUUGUCAUACGAGGUACGAAGUAAAUGAAAGAAAACCAUGCGUUGUUCUGUAUAAAUUUUGUACCAUAGUUUGUAUUAAAUAAAAUUGUUUAUUGCUUGACAACA